AAAAAAAUCACCUGAAUAAUGUGGAGAAGAUACAUCGGCACCAAAAUCCACAUUCUGGAAAAAUGUGGUCAAAGAUUGAACAGAGUUGCGUUCAGGACCGAACCGAAGCCAAAAGCUCCAUCACCUGCCCUCAAUGUGGAAAGAGUUUCACUCGAAAAGGGACUCUUAUAACUCACAUCAGAAUUCACACCGGAGAGCGACCGUACACAUGCCAUCAAUGUGGAAAGAGCUUCACAUACAAUAACAACCUCAAGGACCACUUAAGUGUUCACACUACAGCGAAACCGUACAUCUGUCCUCAGUGUGGAAAGAGAUUCAAACACAGCAACAACCUGAGGGAUCACCACGCAAGACUUCACGUCGGAGAGAGACCUUUCACUUGCCCGCAAUGCGGCAGGAGUUUCAUACAAAAAGCAGAUUUAAGAAGGCACAUACGCAUUCACACUGGAGAAAAGCCAUACACGUGCCAUGAGUGUGGAAAGAGUUUCAGUCAGCCAAAUCAACGCAACAUUCACCUGCGCUCUCACACUAUCACCGUUAUAAAACACCUGAGCGCUCAGAAAGAGAAGCCUCACUUGUGUUCUCUCUGUGGGAAGGGUUUCUCACGGCUGAGCCAUUUAAACGACCACCAGAAAACACACAGCGGCAUGAGAGAUCAUGUGUGUUUGGAGUGUGGGAAGAGCUUCAUUAGAGUCGGACACUUAAACGCGCACUUGAGAAUUCACACCGGAGAAAAACCGUACAAGUGCUCCCACUGCGAGAAGAGCUUCAGCAGAGCGGGAUGCCGGAGAGCACACGAGCGAGUGCACACCGGAGAGAAGCCGUUUCGCUGCACUCGGUGUGAGAAGAGCUUCAGCCGAUCCGGGAGUUUGUUCACUCAUAAAAAACGUUGCCCGAAGUUGUCACCGUGA